UACUGAAGUCGCAUUGUUUUAUUGCCGGCGAUUUGUGAAUUUUGUGUUCUUGUUUAUUUUAAUCAAUUUGACAGAAUGACGCAGCCGACAAGCGACUCUCGGGUGCCAGAUGAAGAGAGUGAUCUUCUACAGAUCAAGCCCCUUGGCGCUGGCCAGGAAGUGGGUCGCUCCUGCAUCAUGUUGGAGUUCAAGGGGAAGAAGAUAAUGCUCGACUGUGGCAUUCAUCCGGGUCUGUCUGGCAUGGAUGCUCUGCCCUAUGUGGAUCUCAUUGAAGCAGACGAAAUCGAUCUGCUGUUUAUUUCGCACUUUCAUCUGGACCACUGUGGCGCAUUGCCCUGGUUCCUAAUGAAAACCAGCUUUAAGGGCCGCUGCUUUAUGACCCAUGCCACAAAAGCCAUUUACCGCUGGAUGCUGUCAGAUUACAUCAAGAUCAGCAAUAUAUCCACCGAACAGAUGCUGUAUACAGAUGCUGAUCUGGAGGCCUCCAUGGAGAAGAUCGAGACCAUCAACUUCCAUGAAGAACGGGACGUGAUGGGUGUUCGUUUCUGUGCAUACAAUGCCGGACAUGUUCUCGGAGCUGCUAUGUUUAUGAUUGAAAUUGCUGGUAUUAAGAUUCUGUACACUGGAGACUUCUCCCGUCAGGAGGAUCGGCAUUUGAUGGCAGCCGAAGUGCCGCCAAUGAAGCCCGAUGUUUUGAUUACAGAGUCAACCUAUGGCACCCACAUCCACGAGAAACGGGAGGAUCGUGAGAAUCGUUUUACAUCGCUGGUGCAGAAAACAGUACAACAAGGCGGAAGGUGUUUGAUACCAGUCUUCGCUUUGGGCCGAGCCCAGGAACUACUUCUUAUCCUCGACGAAUUUUGGUCCCAGAAUCCGGAUCUGCAUGAGAUUCCCAUCUACUAUGCUUCCUCGCUGGCCAAAAAGUGCAUGGCCGUGUAUCAGACGUACAUCAAUGCCAUGAACGAUCGGAUCCGACGUCAGAUUGCAGUGAACAAUCCCUUCGUCUUCCGGCACAUCUCGAAUCUAAAGGGCAUUGACCAUUUCGAAGACAUAGGACCUUGUGUUAUCAUGGCGUCGCCCGGUAUGAUGCAAUCCGGGUUGUCAAGGGAGCUCUUCGAAAGCUGGUGCACAGAUCCCAAGAACGGUGUGAUCAUUGCCGGUUACUGUGUGGAGGGGACGUUGGCCAAAACUAUACUAUCUGAACCGGAGGAGAUUACGACCCUAUCCGGGCAGAAGCUGCCCCUGAAUAUGUCCGUGGACUACAUAUCCUUUUCUGCACACACAGACUACCAGCAGACCAGUGAGUUCAUCCGCAUGCUUAAGCCUACUCACGUGGUGUUGGUUCACGGAGAACAGAAUGAGAUGUCCCGAUUGAAGUUGGCACUGCAGCGCGAAUACGAGGCCGACGCCAGUACGGAUAUCAAGUUCUACAACCCCCGAAAUACACAUGCCGUAGAUUUAUAUUUCCGCGGUGAGAAAACCGCCAAGGUGAUGGGAAACCUAGCUGCCAAGAACCCCGAGGUGGGCAGCAAGCUCUCAGGCGUACUGGUUAAGCGGGACUUUAAGUACCACCUGUUGGCCCCCUCCGAUCUGGGCAAAUACACUGACAUGAGCAUGUCGGUGGUUACCCAGCGACAGUCGAUUCCCUGGGCCAGCUCCCUGAGCACUCUGGAACUCCUGCUAGAUCGGAUUGGAACCGGGUGCGUUGAAGUUGUGGAGCCAGAACGAAAACUAAGAGUUUUCGGAUGCAUUGAGCUGACUGUGGAGCAGAAGAUCAUUGUCAUGGAAUGGCAGGCGACGCAUGUAAACGACGUCUAUGCGGAUGCAGUGCUUGCGUGCAUCAUGCAAUCGGAAUUGGGGGGCACCAACCUCAAAGGGGCCACCAAACAGACCAAGUCGGAGGACUCGAGAUUCAGGGAGUGCCUCAUCGAGACCUUACAGGACACCUUUGGUGACAGCUGUGUGCCCAAAAUGUUCAAGGGCGACCUUCUGCCAGUAGUGGUUAGCGGCAAGCGAGCGGAAAUCAACCUGGAGACACUGGCUGUUCACUGUGCAGAAGACGAUGUCCUGCGCCAGAUGCUCAACACAACGGUACAGAAGCUGCAUCAGACUCUAGUCUCCGCCCACUGAUCAGCUCGUCAUUCCAAAACAAAAUAAAUCUCCGAAAGUGAGAAUGUUCUUUUAUUGAUUGAUUCAAAA